AUGAUUCCUGAAGCAGUACUCCAUGAAUCAUCUGUUACGGUAAAGUUUGGUCUGAAAUUGGAAAAUGAAUUAAUUAAGAAUGAUAUUCGAUCUGACAAUCAAUCUGAAAAAGUUAUGAAAAUGCUAUCCGAUAAUACUGAUGAGCAAUCAGAUGAAUUAUAUAAUUUAAGAUUUAAACAGUUAUGUAAGGAGAACAGUAGCGAUGAUAAUGCUGAUAAUAAUCUUCAAAUCGAUAAAAAAUUAAGAAACUAUGCAUCACUUGAUAAUGAUGCUGAAUCGAAAAAUUUUCUCGAACAACAUCAUGAAUUUAUUUCAACCGCUUGA